AGUUCGACGCAUUGGCUCAUCUCCAUCAGGUCAACAUGAAACUAUUCGUCUGUUUGCUGGCUGUGGCCGCGGUGGCUCAAGCAGGAUUCAUUGGAGGAGGAGGCGGUGGAGGUGGCGGUGGCGGCUACGGCGGCGGUGGAUCUUCCCAUGGCGGCGGAGAUGGUGGCUACAGCUACGGCGGCGGCGGCGGCGGUGGCUCAGAUCACCAUGGCGGCGGUGGUGGUUCCCCGCCUGUCAAAGUCAUCAAAGUGAUCCACGAAACGGCUCCAUCUGGUGGCUCUGGAGGCUGGCAAUCCGGUGGAGGCGGCGGCGGCGGCGGCGGCGGCUGGUCGGCUGGUGGUGCUGGCGGUGCUGGCGGCGGAUAUGGUGGACAUGGCGGCGGUGGUGGCGGCGGCGCGCAGGACAUCAAAAUCAUCAAGAUCAUCUCGCAGCAGGCUUCGUCUGGCGGUUAUGGUGGUGGCGGCGGCGGCGGCGGCUAUGGAGGUUCCGCUGGAGGAUAUGGUGGUGCAUCCGGUGGCGGUUGGUCAUCGGGUGGUGCUUCCAGCGGUGGUUGGUCCUCUGGCGGUGGCGGUGGAGGUGGAGGCGCUGCUCAAGCCGUGAAGAUUAUCAAGGUCAUCUCGGAAUCGGACUCUGGCGCUGGAGAUUCCGGUGGCUGGUCAUCUGGUGGCUCAUCCUUCGGCGGACCCAGUUCCUCCUACGGUCCUCCCAGUGCUUCCUACGGUCCUCCAUCCAGUGGUGGCUGGUCUUCCGGCGGAGCUUCCAGCGGCGGCUGGUCCUCAGGUGGCUCCGGCAGCGGGGGAUGGGCUCCCCAGGGCGGUGGCAGCUGGUAAUUGUGAUAACCCGUGAUUUUAUUGUCUUCAUUCCAUCUCACAACCAUUUCUCUGUUAUUCCCCAUGCCACCAUAUUUGUUAAAUAAAACUUUUCUGUUUGAUCAUUUUCCCCCAAAAAAA